UGAAUGAGGCAUCAUGUCCAUUUGAAACUGAAGAUAAGCAGCCAAAUACAUGUCCGAUAUUCGAUCCCGGGGGUACGGGACGUCACGUACUACAGUGCACUGACUAGUGCCUGCAUGCUACACCUCCGUAUGCCUUCACUCAAUCCGACCGUGAGCUUUCACGAUCCUGUGCGAACUACGCUCCGUCCCGUACACAUUGGCCCGCGCACCGAGAGCGAUGGAGCUAGGGGCCGCGGGGACGCUGGAGAAGACCGACGACACGCCAUCGGAGGCCGAGGAGACGACGGAGCUCGCCGUACCGCUGGCCGUACCGCUGGCCGUGCCACUGGCCGUACCGCUGGCCGUGCCGCUGGCCGUGCCACUGGCCGUACCGCUAGCCGUGCCGCUGGCCGUGCCACUGGCGGUCGUGCUACCCGACAGCGUCGUGGUUCCGCACUCGUACUCCGUGACAGUGAGGGUGGUCGUGACGACGGAAGGAGCGGUGGACGACGAGGUCGUCACAGUGGUAAUGGAGGCCGAGGAGUCAGUGGGAACGCUGGUGAAGACCGAGCUGAUAGACCCGGUAAUGCUUGGCACGCUGGUGAAGACCGAGCUGACAGACCCGGUAAUGCUUGGCACGCUGGUGAAGACCGAGCUGACAGACCCGCUGAUGCUUGGCACGCUGGUGAAGACCGACGAGACAACGGAGCCCGACUCGCUGGCGGGGGCGCUGCUGAACACCGAGGUGACGACGGAGCCCGUGACGCUCGGCACGAUACUAGAGGAGACCGACGAAGCGCAAUCGGUGGCGCUAGGGCAAGAGUCGAACGUCGUAGUUGGACUGGUUGACGGAACAACCGACGAGGGAAUGUCUCGGACUGUUCCGUGA